AUGGUCAACUUCCGUCAAGUGGAAAUAGCUGCAUUGAGGACUUCAACGGUUCCAGCAGAAAGUUCGAAUGGAAUUGCAGAUUUAUUUCUUAUUAUGGCUAUAGUGAGAAAGUUGAAAAAUGACAAAUUGGACUGCUUUGGUAGUUGCAAUUUCUAUCACAAUUUUCUAUCACUUUGCUGUGCACUAGAAAUCCUUAAACAUAUUCAACUUGCGUAA